ACACCCGCUUGUACGUGAUCGCCAUCAUGAUGGCUAGCCUUCACAGGGCAGAGGAGCCAAGCAAUGUCAAGCCAUGAGGCCUCGAGCUCAGACGUUCUCGCCGAAGAUCACGGAGAAGUGCGCGAGGGAUCAUGACAUUAUGUACAUAUAGUCUGAUCCCAUUGUAAAUCGCGCUCUUGCUCUUCCCUGACGGUCUUCCCACAUUUCUUCCCCAGAUCUCAUCCUUUCUCUGUGUUUUCAUCGCAGUUCCUUUCCUUUCUGGUUUGCGUCUGUUCUCUUCUUCUGCUGUCGUUCCUUACUCUGUUCGUCUGCUGGUCAGUACACACUUUUGAGCAGUCUUUUACGUUCUUUAUAAUUUUUAAUUUGUUUACGGAUCCUGGCUGGACCUACUUAAUUCGAUACUCACGACGUUUUCGAGUGGAGAGGUUGAAGGUCACGGAAAAUGAAGCAGUCUCACUUCCUCGCAGCUUUGGCUGUAGUGUUCAGCACCGGAAUCUUUGCUAGUCCGAUGCCCCAACGAGAUCAAGGCUCCCGAGUUGCUAGUAACGACAAUGUUAACAGUAACGCCAACAACGAUAAUAACUCAACAGCGGCAUCUUCGGAUGGAGGACAGCUUCAGCAGCUCCCGAAUGGCAACGAAGGCAAGGGAUCCAACGCGAAAUCACAAGCGCAGGCCGAGUCCGGUUCUGGAUCCGGAGGAGCACCUGCGGGAGGGCUUAUACAAAUCCCGGGAGCACAAGUGACAUCUGGACAAUUAGUCGCUCUUCCUGGAGGGGGGGAAACCAGCUCUGUUUCCCAAGCUGCUGCCGUCGAGACUCAGAGCUCGGCCGCCGGUGGUAACAAGGUCGGCAGUACGAGCAGCGCGGCACUUAAAUCAAUAGGAGUUCAGACGAGUGCGAGCGCAGCUGUCGCGGUCCAGAGUACAUCUAGUAUCGCCGCACUUGAGACAUCGAAGGCUAUUGCCGCAGCGACGUCGGUCAGCUCAGUAGCCGCCGCUGAAAGCAUCCAAAGCUUCCAGCAAAUCGCUCCGGCUGCAUCUUCCUCGGUAGCCGCCAACAUCGGUGUCUUGGUGAACUCAAGCGCCUCAGCUACUGCUACUAGUACACCCUUAGUCCAAGGCUUCCAGACUAUCAGCGCGGGUGCUGCUAAUGCAGUGGCUUCUUCAGCUGUUGCUAAUGUGUCGACACCCGCCGUCGCGGCCGUCACUCCAGGUGCUGUGGCGACUUCGCAACUCGCUGGUUUCUCUAAUGGUACGGCUGCCACCGCCACGGGCGCAGGUGCAGCCAUAGCUGUAGGCUCCGAAUCAUCCGCUGCACUCGCUGCACUACCUACCGGCGCCGCUGAAGCUUCUGGCUCUUUACAAGCCCUUCCAAAUGCUGGCGGCGCAGAAGCGACCGGAAGUUCGCAGUCUGUACCCGCAGCUGGAAACGCUGAAGCCACGGGUACUCUGCAAUCUCUACCCGGUGCCUCCGGCGAAGUUGCCGCAUCGGAGUCCCUGCAGACCCUUCCUACUUCUGGUGUUUCUAGCGGUGAGUCUUCAAGCUCUAACUCGAACUCGAACUCCGGCUCUGGCUCUGGCUCCGAAGCAAGUGGUGCAGUCGCAUCGGGUAGUUCAACCAACGCCCAGGCUCUCCCCGCCGAGACAGCAAGUGGUUUACAGCAGAUCCCUAGUGCACAAGCGACUACAGGUUCACUUGAUUCACUUCCAUCGGGCGUCGCGAGCGCUACGGGAGCUGUGUCGCCGUCGGCUAGUGCGGCGUCGAAUGGGACGUUCCCGGCGAUUAAUAUUAGUGCUGGAGUGGCGCGGACGGUUGAUAUGAUGGGUACGGUGGUGGGUGCGGGGUUGGUUGGGGUGUUGACGUUGUUGGUACUGUGAAGAGAUGGACGUUGGGCUGAGCAAGGCUGGGUAUUGAGAUAUGUAUCCGAAUUAUUCGCUACUUAGAUACUGCCAGGGCGGGUGGUUACUUAGCCAACCUGAACCGCGAAGAAAAAUGUAACGUUUUUAAACAGACAAAACCA